CAAAAAUAAAAUGAAAAAGGUUUUGAUCUCUACAGUCACCAGCUCUUUUUUUUUAGGAGACAAAUAUGUAAAGUAGGUAAAGUAUACUAGCACGAUCGAAAUGAAAAUUUAUACAGUACAACUAGGCAACCACUCAAGAAAGACGGGGGAACAAUUGAUCGACCAAUUACUCCGUACCCUUAGAGAAAUCAAAGGGGGCAGGGUAGUAUCCAAUUCUGGCCCUUGUCCCUGUCCCUGUCUUGGUCCCUUAGCCAUUAACGAGUUGUUCUCUGCAAAACCGGGGAGUGGCUUCAACAGUAAACGUCGCAAUUCAACCAAGCAGCGCGUCAGACACACCGGGGGGAGGCGAGCAGGCAGACAGGCAGGCAACCUUCAAUUUUCUCGUCGCCUUGGGAAAAAGUGCAGCGGAGCAAUUUAACACUUGCAGGAGGAAGGUCUACGAAACUUUUUGUUUUGCUCUCGACCACAUAAUUUACCUUCUUGGAAAGCCCAGAGCAUGCCAUGACUUAACAAUUGAGCUGUCCAUCCAUCCAUCUUUGCUGAACCCGCAAAUCGAUCCCCUGACCGAGAACCGUCCCCAAUCAACUUCGAGCCCCUCCCGCCUGUCCGUCUGUGGCGCCGCGAUCGUCGUCAGCCCUGUUGUCCCGCCGCGUCAGAUAACCGCAGCGAGUCACUUGGGUUUGACAAGAAUAUCCAACGAUCCCCAACGCGACAAUUUAGUUUUUUGCGGCAGAGAAAAGGCAGAAUAGACUUAUACGACUUUGGUUGCUUCAACCCAACCUGAUACGCAGGCGCACUCUUUCGAACACACCUCACCAGCAAGAAUACGAUGAAAGCAAUGAAAGAAAUGAAGGGGUUCAAGGGUCUGGGCAACAAGAUGCUGGGCGGCAUGAAGAGGAAGCCCACAAACGGAUCCACCAGUUCAGCGCCCGCCGCCAGCGGUAGCAACCUCCCAGACGGCCCCGACAAUGACACACCAGAGGCGAUCGCAAUCUACAACGCGAGGAAAUUCUGCGAGUCUGGAGGCGGCGAUAAUGCGGGCGACGAAGUAACCUUCCUCCCCGCCAUCGUCGAUGCGGCCGAGUCCUCCCCUGUCGCCGCCGCCGAGUGCGCGCGCAUAAUCCGCAAGUACCUGCACAAGGACUACACAUCUCGACCCUCGUUCCAGUACAACGCCAUUAUGCUCAUGCGCAUCCUGGCCGACAACCCGGGGAUGACGUUCACACGAAGCCUGGACAAGAAGUUCAUAGACACGUCCAAGGAGCUGCUGCGUUACGGCCGUGACUUCUCGGUGCGGCAGAUGCUCAUGGAGACGCUAGACGCGUUCGAGGCCACCAAGAGUUAUGACGAGGGUCUGCAACCCAUCCUGGAGAUGUGGAAGAAGGAGAAGGAAAAGGCGUACAAGGCUUACGGGAUACCACCCGGGGGUCCUCCUCGAGGCCCGCCAGGGGGUAUGCCGCCGAACGGCUUCCAACAACAAAACUACUUUUCGCGCCACCACACCAACCGGCGACUCCCGGAGCCAAUCGAGCUGGCCAACCGGCUCGAGGAGGCGCGGACGUCGGCCAAGCUCCUGCAACAGGUCGUGGCAUGCACCCCGCCGGCCGAGGUGCUGGACCACGAGCUGAUCCAGGAGUUUGCAAACCGGUGUCUGAGCGCUUCCAGAUCCAUUCAGGGCUACAUGACGGCGGAGAACCCGAGCCCGGAUAACGACACUAUGGAGUCGUUGAUCGACACCAACGAACAGCUGCAGACGGCCUUGAACUUGCACCAGAGAGCCGUGUUGAACGCCAGGAAGCAGCAGCAGCAGGCACAGUCACCCACGCGGACCCAGACUAUGCCGGCGAACGGCAUGGUCAGCCCGCUCGAGACGCCGGACGAACGAUUCAGGAGCCCCGACUCCAACGGGCUGUCGCUACACCAGCCGAUGCCGAGCACCAAGGCGUUGGGCAAGCAGGCCGAGUCGUCGAGAUCGACGCCGCGGCCCGAGGAAGAUCCGUUCCGGGACCCGGUCGAGGAGGGUGGCAGCAGCAGCAGUAAUAACCGCGCCGGUGGCUCGUCGUCACGGGCCGGCGGUGCUUCAGGUAAGGACAACCACAGUGCGUACGAACCCUUGCACGUGGACAGCGGGGGAGGAUUUGUCGUCGGCUCGACGCUCGCGGCCGGCUUGGCGCCGGGCGAAGGACGUGGCAGUGACCCGGCGGUGGCGGCGGCGGCGGCGGACUCCGCCCCGAGGAAAAGAUUUCAGCAAACUGAUGAGGGGACGGCGGCAUCUCGCACGCGAAAUAGGGGCAUGACGCAAGGUUCGGCCAUCUCGGACCUGUACGACGAUUCGGGCGACGAGCGGUACGGACAGACGACUUCAACGUCAAGAGGGGCGGGCAAGGCGGUGGCUGACGGGCCGAUCCACCGAUAUUGAUGGAAUUAGAAUAGGGGGUAGGGGCGGAAGUGACAAAAAAACAAAUACUACCUCUCGGAGUUGUUAGGCACGUUUUCUCAGUCUCAGGAGAUGGUCUCAGAGUUGGUAUAACACUCAUUCUUGGCAUGAGGAACAUUUCUCCAUUAUUAUUGCGCCUUGUUUGUUCUUUUCUUCAAUUGGUCUUGUUUUUUUGGGUUUUCUUAUCAUAUUCAUUAGCCGGCAAGUUUAUGCUUCGUUUCUCUUUUUUUAUUCUCUGCAUGUACUCUUGGCUUCGGAC